AUAUAAUCUCUACUCCAUGGUUUGAAUAUGAUCAGAUUUCACCAUCAAGUUCUCAGCCUUAUAACGAUAAUCCCUUUCUGUCAACCUAAUGAAGCAUUCAAACAAGCCACAUGACUCUUUUCAAGAUGAACUUGAAGAUUAUAUUAAAGUACAGAAAGCUAGAGGCUCAGAGCCAAAGACUUGUUUCAGAAGGAUGAGAGGGGAGUAUUUGGAAAGCUGUGGGUACAGAGAAGAGUUUGACUCCAGGCCCAGUUAUAGUAUGUUUGAUCAAAGAUUCCCAUCUGAAACCAACCAUUCCUACCCAAGAUCAUGCAGUAGUUCACAGACAGAAGAAGAUCGUGUACCCCAGUGGUUACCAGCUCAUGACAAGAUAAGACUAAACUCUCUGAGCUACUGUCAAUUUACCAGGGAUGGCUUCUCAGAAAAAACAGUCCCCUUGAACCUUAGUCAGCAAGAAUACAAUUGUGGCUCAUAUAGUGUAGAAUCUGUAGUGCACAGGCACCUCUGUUCAGAUCACAGUACCAUCGACCCUCAAGUCAGUCAUAGACAAAUGCACCAGAAGAGGAAAAGACAUGUAGAAGAGGGCAGAGAAAGGCAGGAAGAAAGGCCCAAACAUGACAGGAAAAGGAGUUCUGAGGAAAUGGAUUUAAACAAACAUAGGAGCAUCCAGAGAAAGAAAACAAAGGCAGAAACAGAAACUCUACAAGAUGGUACAGAAAAGCUUAAGAAUCAAAAAGAAAAAAAAAAACGAGAUGUAUCAUCUAAGAAAGAGGAUCUUAAGCAUAGGAAGGAAAAAAAGGAACAAGAUGAAGAAAGGACAGAGGAGGAGAUGCUUUGGGACCAGUCUAUCCUUGGAUUUUGAAGCUCCUUAGAUCUCCUGAGGCUCAACUGAAAUAACAGUCAAGGAACUUGGUCUUAUGUGCAUUCAUAUUCAUGUCACUUGAAUAUGGGGACAGAAGUUUCAACUUCUAACAAAGUGAACAUGAAGUAUUUAAUGUGCUUACUUUCCAACAUGGAGAUUACUUUUCUAUUUUCUAAAAGAUGUAUUAAUUUUUCUUACAUAUGUUAGAAUUUCCCUUUAAGAGAGUAGCUCUGCUUUUAUUGACCAAAUUGCUAUGGUAGUGGAAUUAUUUUCCCUUGGGAGAUCAUUUAUUUAAAAUUGGAGGAUUAACUGA